AUGGGCGGCUCCUCGGCCUCCAGGAACCAAUCUUCGCUGCUGGAAGACACGCACACGAGCCGAUCGCUAAUCUCACGCCUCUUUUCGCGCUCAAAGACGCGACACAUUACCGAUUUCCACGUCCGCCCCGUCGAUCCGCACCGCAAGUACGCCAAAGGCGACCAUGUCACCGGCGCCGUUGUUCUGACCGUUCUCAGGCCAAUUCGCAUCACACACCUAACUGUUGCUCUCCACGGCUUCGUCAAGGUCUUCAAGAGUCCCAACGCAGCCCACGAAGCCACGAUCAAUACCGCGCAGGUUGCCUCUGGCGUCACCAACCGGACACGAUACCUCGGCAAUGGUCUCGCGUCACUCUUCCAAGAUGAACAAGUCCUCAGCGCCGACGGAAAGCUGGAGGCGGGGCGUUACGAGUUCAAUUUUGACCUCGUGUUUCCAUCCAAGGUUAACCUUCCAACCAGCAUUGAUUUUGAGCGAGGAACCAUUUCAUACAUGAUAUCAGCGACUUUGACGCGACCGACAUCGAUAACGCCCACGACAGUAUGCGACAGAAAAAUUUACUUGGUGGAGAAAGUAGAUAUAGGUUCCAUUCCAGCACCGCGGCCGCGAACGAUAUCACUUGAGCCAAUAUCCAGGAGGACACGGAGGAAGAGGACAGACCGACCAAGUACCCUCGGCGGAGCUGACAGGGGCUCAUCGCUGGGCGAUUCCCAUGAUGUCACUUCUUCUGAUUUGGAUUCCUCCAGGGCGCCUGAGAGUGUUGCUGCAGAAUCCAACACGGCAAACGAUGCCGCCAUAGGGGCGCAGCAAACCCCGCAAAGUCCCACACGUACCGAAAUGCCUGAUGUAAUGAGCGAGGUCAGCACAGAGAGCGCAAUCACUAGCAGCAGUGCGGGCGCAAGCGUUGGGUACAAGGUCAGUGAGGCAACGGGGAGUUCCUCGGGCUCACAGUUUGGUGCAAGGACGCCGACGGUCGAAGAAAAGACCAUCACCGCCAGCGUCGAAAUGCUCAAGGGUGGCUGCCUGCCGGGAGACUUUGUCCCCGUCAAGGUAUCAGUGCACCACAUCAAGAGGAUAAAAAGCGUCCAUGGGGUCAUCGUCACCCUGUACAGGCAAGGCAGGAUAGACUCGGCACCCCCUGUAUCGGCUUUCCAAGGCUUGUCCAAAGAAGACGUGCGCCGCCUGGAAAAGGAAGAAUAUUUCCCACGGUCAAAAACAGGGUUGAGCGGCUUGUCUUUGUCAUCAGCUGGAUCCUGCAGCGUCUUCCGUAAGGAUUUAUCCCAGGCCUUCGGUCCUCUAAUCAUCGACCCCAUCACACUCGACGCAAGCGUGACGAUUUCGGUCCGAGUACCAGAGGAUGUCUUCCCCACCAUCAAGGGCGUGCCCGGGGAGCUGAUCAGCUUCAAAUAUCAGAUAGAGGUGAUAGUGGAUCUGGGAGGCAAGCUGGCUAGCCAAAUCUCAUCGGUACAAUCCAAAGCCGGCGGCAUGACGGGCGCUGGUGCGAUUCCGUCGGUCAGGAACCCAUAUGAAAGUGGAGGUUCGUCUAUCAUGGGAAACUGGGGCAACAGCAUCAUAGAUACAGACCAGUUGCGUCGCCACAAGGGCGUCAUCUCGGUUGUGUUCGAGGUUCCUGUAGGAAGUGUGGAUUCGAGUCGGCAAAGGACGAGAGGCGGUUCUCUUCGACCAAAUCCUCAAUCGCGCCAGCUGUCGCAAGCGACCGGGUCGCAGCAAAUACCGACGGUAGCCUAUGGACCGGAUGGCAAACAGCGGGCUCAGUCCCAGUCAGCCGGACAGGAGGACUACGUUUACAGUCAGGGAAGUCAGGGCAACGGACCUGUGGGAUCGAGCACCGAAUACGUGCCCAGCCCUUACUACACUCCGCACGAUCCUCGUCAACAGCAGGCGCCGAUAUACAUACCGCCCCCAAAUGUGCCAAACGAUGCGGGCCUGUCAGAAAAGGAACGAGCUCGCCGCGCGGAGCAGAUACUACUACCCAGUCAGCCUCCAGCAGCUCCAUUGGCGAGUGCGUCAUCAGAGACUAUACCAGAGGAUAUAUACAAUGUUGAGGACGACAUAGCAUCAGGGCCGUCAUCGGCUCUCGCAGUCGGAAACCCCAACGGCGUUGCAACAGCACCGACUCUGGACGAGGUUGAAUCUGGCGAAGCAGCAGCCGGCAACAGCGAAGAUAAGCUGGAGAGAGAGCGUCGUCGUCUGCUACAAGAGGCAAGCGCCCCGCCUGAUUUCCCUGACGACUACGACACGGGGGAUCCAGGUCCCAGUAGCCAAGAGCCUGCCUCAAGUGAGACGGCGCCCGCAUUGAACUUUCAGCCUUCGGCACCUGUACUAUCUGAGGACGACGAGGACCCUGGCAGCUCAUAUUUCACCCAGCACACGAGCACGGGGGAUUACAUGGGGGAUGGUGCACUGGGCCGUCCAAUUACGGCACCUCACGAACCACUUCCUCGAUAUCAGAGGUAG